AUGUUUUCCAAACCCAACGACGAAUAUCUGAGCGCAUUGUUUUCCAAACCCAACGACGAAUAUCAGAGCGCAGGAGCGGCUACAAGCCCAUCGAAUAAAGAGCGAAAUUUGAGGAGUGAGCCUGGCAGUAACACUUUGCGCUUUCGGGCUCUGGGACUAAAGGCCCCAAGUUCACCCGUGGCACACAGCCCCGAGCGUGCGGCUAGCCCUUUGGCCGUCGACCAAAUGCAACCUGUGUCCGAUGGUAUGUCGCACACACUAGGAUCGACACAGAGCUACAAUGAACGUUAUCUUUCUCCGCAACAAAUAGACCCUGCUUUGAGGCCAGAAGAUUCUAUACAAAACGUUACCAGAACCGUAUCCACUGAGCCUCGACAGGCCAGAAGUUCCUACAGCCUGAGGAGCAGUUUAGAAGCCCCCCGUCAGUGGAGAACGAACAGAGACCAGAAAUUUCCCCGCCGUCUGCAAGACUACCCUUAUAUCUUUGUGUCAGGCGUAAAACAUGCAGGUCUCGAGGAUGUUAAUAGGAGUUUGGGGAAACAUUAUAUAGUAUCCAGUAACCGACCACUGGAAGGGAAACCUACGUAUCGCUAUGAAGACGCUGAUACUGUUCAAAGGCAACAGCAUGUGCGACAAUCAGAUCAUCAGAAUCCAAGUCAGUUGACUGAUGUGUUGAAUGAAUUCCCUGAUUCGUCCCGACCUGGCCGUCUGCAAGAUCCAGUUACGACGCGGCCCAUCGAGGGAUAUUACAUACCUGAAGGCCCAUCACCUUUUCCAUCUUUGCUAUCCAAAAUGUAUCAUGGAACAUUAACAAUCCUAUCUCGCAUUGGCCUCAGGGAGAAUGACACUCGACCAGGUCACAAACGAAUCAGAUGGAAGAAUAGUAGGGGUAAAUGGCUGUAUGAUGAUUAUGUUGAGCAUGUGCCAGGUGCUUUGGAAGACAUGAAGGCAUUCCUGAGGUCAUCAGCAUACGUCGCAGCUGCUGCCAUGAAUGGCGGCAACCAAGAUGCCCCAACCAGCUUCACUCCUUCCGAUAAUUCAACCUCGAGCGCAUCACAGAAGCAAUACACCCCCUUGAGCGAAAUUGCCGAUCCGUCAAAAGGCUCGGGGAUUCUAGACACCAGCGACAGCCAAACGGAUGUUGAACUUGGUGAGAUGAUCUCUCAACCUCCGCUUCUUCUAUCAUGCCUAGAGAAUGGUAAAUAUGCGGUGGAACUUCGACAGGAGUCUAUCGUAGGCGUCGCAGAUGACCGCCAGCUCUUCCAUACAUUACGCCGCAUCUACCAUGAGCACCGCGGACGACUAAGACCCAUCUGGUCUCUGAAGACUCUGCAUAGUAUACAUUUCAUGAAGUUUGCCUAUGGCGGAACCCGCUACAUCGACGUGCGAUGCCACCAAGAUAUAUGUGAAACCGGCAGGCCCUGUGUCUGCGUACCCCCCGAGCACCUUGUCCUCCCCAAAGGAAAAGAAUACGACUGCCGGCCGAUCCCUCCAAAGCUCUCUCCACCGAUUGGUCCACGACUCAUGAUGGACUUCUUCAUGCAUCCAGACUACAUCGCCCCAAAUAGCACUUUGAUUGUUCAGCAGCUUCCCAAGAGGGCAUGUGGGAAGUUGCAGAGCGAGUAUCUUAGUCCGACAGAGGCAUGGGGUAUCUUCUACAAGGAGGAUUGGAACUGGACGAAGAUUUGGUGGAUUCUCGCAUUGGGCUUCUUCCCUCCAAGCCUGCUUUUUGGGGUACUGUGGACUGUUCUCAAGCAGGAUAUUUCGGGUGCUUUUGGUGUGGCGAGUUGGUGGAUGGCUGGUGCGUCUAUCAUUGUGGGUAUAGUUGGGACUUAUGAUAAGUGA